UUUUUUCCUCCUCCAGCAUCACUUUCUUGGUUAUAAAGUAGCAAAGUUGCUGUCUUUGGGGAAGACUUCCUUAAUUGGAUUUAUGGCGUGUUUUGGAUGCUGCGGAGAAGAAGACUUUCACCAAGCUACUGAUGCGGGAAGGCCUUUCACUGCACACCAUGCAACGGGAAACGACGGUUAUCGUGCCUCAGAAUCUGCUCCCAAAGGUGCUCAACCUGUCAAAGUCCAGCCUAUCGCAGUUCCUGCUAUUCCUGUUGAAGAAUUGAAAGAAAUAACAGACAACUUUGGAACCAAUGCUCUAAUUGGAGAGGGUUCGUAUGGUAGAGUGUAUUACGGAAUCCUAAAAAACGGGAGAGCUACAGCUAUUAAAAAGUUAGACGCCAGCAAACAACCGGACCAAGAAUUUCGGGCACAGGUGUCCAUGGUAUCGAGGUUGAAACAUGAAAAUGUUGUUGAGCUACUGGGUUACUCUAUUGAUGGAAAUCUCCGUGUUCUUGCUUACGAGUUUGCAACUAUGGGAUCCCUUCAUGACAUCUUACAUGGGCGGAAAGGCGUGAAGGGGGCACAGCCAGGUCCAGUUUUGUCAUGGGCACAAAGAGUGAAAAUCGCUGUAGGGGCUGCUAAAGGACUUGAAUAUCUGCACGAGAAAGCACAACCUCAUAUCAUACAUCGUGAUAUUAAGUCCAGCAAUGUACUACUAUUUGAUGAUGAUGUAGCUAAAAUAGCUGAUUUUGAUCUGUCAAAUCAAGCUCCUGAUAUGGCAGCACGUCUUCAUUCAACUCGUGUUCUUGGAACCUUUGGUUAUCAUGCUCCAGAGUAUGCAAUGACUGGGCAGCUUAGUUCCAAGAGUGAUGUUUACAGCUUUGGUGUAGUACUUUUGGAGCUCUUGACUGGCCGUAAACCUGUGGAUCAUACAUUACCACGAGGCCAACAGAGUCUUGUCACAUGGGCAACACCAAGGCUUAGUGAAGACAAGGUAAGGCAAUGCGUUGAUACAAGGUUGGGUGGAGAGUACCCUCCCAAGGCCGUUGCAAAGUUGGCUGCAGUAGCUGCUUUGUGUGUGCAAUAUGAAGCUGAUUUCCGACCCAACAUGAGCAUCGUUGUCAAAGCUCUCCAGCCUCUACUCAAUGCUCGAUCUGGUCCUCCUGGCGAAAACCAUGGAUUGUGAAUUCCUUCAGCCUCAUUCUUGUUGAGCGCUCUUUUUAGCAUAACCCAGCUUGAGAGCUUGUUUGCUGACUUCCUGUAGAUGUAUGCACCACUAUUCUUGGGUGCUUAUAUAUUAUUCAAAAACCUAAAUAUGCUUGAAAUAUUCGUUUUCUUGUUAAUAUACAGUUAUCCAUGUGAAGUUGUCUAGUGAAACUCCCGUUCCUUUUGUUUUUUUACCCUUUCUGAUGACAGUGCGUUUGUGUAAUAAUCAGUGCUGCAAUAUGUGAGUUUAACUUGGUCUGCUCAAUGAUAAAAUGUUCAAGUUUUCUGUA